AGGAGGAACAAUGUGGGUGGUAUGUGCCCGCAAGCUAUUUUCAAAUCAUAGCGUCAGUAGAGAUUACUGACAUAGCUUUCGGCCAAUAGAUGUACUAAAAAUUGUACCGGUCUGCGUUGGUGACAGAGCGAGACAGCCGUUGCUAUGCGGGGGCGGGUGAAAGUUGGGUUUUCUCUGCUCCCACUACUGGAGGUGAUGCUACUGCAAGAGUCUUAGAAGAGUUACUUUCUGUCAGUAGCAGGUCUGUCGACUGAGUGUGCUGUCAAAGCCGGAUUUUCUGGGGAGCUUUUCCUGUCUCUACUGGGUCGUCAUGAGGGUUCUGUCAAUCAAAUUAAGAUCUUGUCUCCUAUCUUCUGGUGUGGGCAGUACUAACCUAUAUGUGAGCCUAGAUUUGUGGAUGCUGCUUCGGAAAAAAAAAGCCAGGAAUAAGGAAUCAUCUGGGAGAAAAUAUAUAAUAUCUAAAAUGGGGAAGGAUUAUUACAACAUUCUAGGCAUCCAGUCUGGGGCCAACGAGGAAGAAGUGAAGAAAGCUUACAAGAAAAUGGCUUUGAAAUUUCACCCUGACAAAAAUAAGGAUCCAGAUGCAGAAGAAAAGUUUAAAGAGAUUGCAGAGGCCUAUGAAGUACUGAGUGAUCCAAAGAAAAGAGCUGUUUAUGACCAGUAUGGAGAGGAUGGUCUUAAGGCAGGUGGAGGAGGGGGCUCUUCAGGCAGCCAAGAAAACUCUUUCCAUUAUACCUUCCAUGGAGAUCCGCAUGCUACUUUUGCAUCCUUUUUUGGUGGCUCUAAUCCAUUUGACCUCCUUUUUAGUUCGGCACGUACUAGAAUGUCAAACGGCUUUGAUCAUAAUGAUAUGGAUAUUGAUGAUGAUGAUGAUCCAUUUAGUGCCUUUGGCCGUUUUGGAUUUAAUGGAAUUAAUGGAUUUCGUAGGCGACAGCCUGACUCCCUUCCCACACGUCAAAAAAUACGUGAUCCCCCAAUCAUUCAUGAACUGAAGGUAUCCCUUGAGGAAAUUUAUUAUGGUUGUACAAAAAGAAUAAAGAUCACACGUAGGAGGUUAAAUCCAGGUGGGAGAACAUUCAGAACUGAGGAUAAAAUUUUGAACAUCGUUGUUAAAAGAGGUUGGAAAGAGGGCACAAAAAUCACCUUCCCCAAAGAAGGUGAUGAAACACCAUAUAAUAUACCUGCUGAUAUUGUGUUUAUUCUGAAAGACAAACCACAUCCACAUUUCAAGAGAGAUGGGUCAAAUGUUGUGUAUACAGUUAAAAUCAAUCUAAAGGAGGCUUUAUGCGGUUGUACUGUAAACAUUCCUACUAUUGACAACAGAAUCAUUCCUUUACCUUGCAAUGAUGUCAUCAAACCUGGGACAGUAAAAAGGGUGAGAGGAGAAGGACUGCCUCUCCCAAAAUCUCCAACCCAUCGAGGAGACUUGAUAGUGGAAUUUCAGAUUCUUUUCCCAGAGAAGAUAUCUUCAAAUACAAAAGAAAUACUAAAGCAGUACCUUCCAUCUUUGUAGAUCUGAUGCAUUUUUUUUUUUACCAAAAGCAAUAUCUGAAAAACAUGCCACAAAAUCUGUGAAAUGAAUUGAACUGAGUUAGAAAUCUUUAUUAUUUUUCUAAUGAAAACUCACUCACCCUCAGAAAUGUUUAAAGUCAAACAAACUCUUGGAACUUUUUUUUUGAUCAGUUCCUACUACAGUCUCCAUAACCAAAACAGGAAUGCAUGAACUAGAGGGCAGCAACUACUAAACAAAGGAUUCUUUACCUUGGAGAUGAAAGAACAAUGGCCUUGUAUCACAAGCCAAGUUAUACUUAAUCCCUUGUGGAUUGUUCAUUUUUAACAUGUUUAACAUGUUCUUUUUAUUUAUCAAAUUUGCAAUCUUAAUUCUAGAGUGUUUUGUGAUAGUAUACAAUGGUGUUUGUUACCAUGAUAUAUUUAAAAAUAAAAGUCCAGCAAUUUUAUGAAAUGAGCAGAAUAAUGAAAAUGCUUAGGUGUCCUGAGCUCUUAAGAAGUAGUUGGGUUUCACCAAUAUAUCUAUCUUAUCUGAUUAUGUCUCAAAUGCUGUCCUUUCACACAAUGGAGGUGUACCUACAAGCAAAGUUGAAGGAAAAAGGUUUAUCUGCACAGUUGGGAGGGUUUACCAGCACAGUUGGGAGUAUUUCAGAAGAAGCACUGCCAGUAAAUUGAUUGUAAGUCUGUGCUAUGCUACAGAAUUUAAUUUCAGAACUGUGAAUUACAGUGGUAUUUUAUCUAUUAUUUAAAUUACUUUUAAUUUUCAUGAAUUCAGAUGUGCCAAAGCAAACUAAAACCUUUAAAUGUUUGAUCAGCAAAGUCUUUUUUUUUCCUUAGGCUAAUUGUUAAUCUGCAUUCAUUUCAGGGGGCAGCUAUGGAAAAUGACAUAAAUAUAAAAAAAAAAAAUAGCCAGCUUAACUGGGUUCCAUAGCCUUUCAGUUUUGAUGUAUUGUAUUGAUCUUUGGAAGGGUUCCGUUUCUGUGUUGCUGACAAGACAGAUUCCUUUCAAGUCUUCGAUAAUAUCUGUCAUUCCGUUUGUACAGUUUGUGCUCUUGGAGAGAAGAGUCUGUUUGUUCAUAAGCCAACAUGCCUUUAGUAUAUUUCCACAUAAAAUAUAUCCAGAGUGCAUUGUUCUUUUCAUUUUCGUAGUUUGCAGCACAUUUAUUUGUAUAUACCAGAUUAUAGUGAGAUGCAGCAUAGGAUUACAUGACAGUUUUCUUUUUUAGGUCUUUCUUUGUUUGUUUGUUUGUUUCUUUCUUUCUUUAUUUAUUUAUUUAUUUGUUUGUUUGUUUGUUUUACCGUUUUGGACUUCAGGUUAAAUGUACCUGGUGAAAGUUUCAAGGUAAUAAUCUUUCAUGCCAAAGGUACAUUUAAACUGCUAAGACCAGUUCAAAUAUUUUACAAAUGUGAGUUCUGAAGCUUGCAAUCAGUUUAAAUAACAUUAACAGUUUCACAUGUAAAAUAUUUUGACAUUACACAGCACAUAAGUUGUAAUGCAUUUUAGCAGCUACCAUUAUUUGUUCCAGUAGUUGCUGCAAAACAUCCAGACUUUUACAGGCAAGUCAAAAAUUUGUUAUGGGAUGUAGCAUUAUAAAUUAUCACUGAUUUCUCUGUGCCAUGGCUAUUUGCGUUUAUGGAUCCCUGUGUAAUUAAGAUAAAUGUCUGCAUUUCACUUUU